GAAAAUAUGGCGCUGGCAUUGCGCAAAUUCUCUUCAGGUGCGGAAAGAACCUCCUGCAACAUCUUUUUACUCGUGAAAACGAAUGUUAACACGUCAGUAAAAUGAUGGGUUCCAGAGAAGAAAAAGCGGAUUCGGCCUCAUCGGGCGAAGAUGAGGAAUCAUUAAGAGAAUUGAAACGAGCAAUUCAGGCAAGCAGUAAAGGAGUGAAAAAGGCCAAAAACAAAACUCCACUUCGUGAACUGUGCACAGUAAAUGGAGUCAAAUUUGAAAAACUUCAGAAAGGAGCAGGAAAGAAUGUCAAAAGUUUGGAGAUGUUCUUUUCUGGAUUUCCUAAGAUUAUUGGCAUGGAGAACUUCCCAGAUCUUCAAAAUCUUACUCUGAUGGGACAACAGAUUACGACACUGGAGAAUCUGGACUGCUUGCCAAACCUUACAGAGUUAUGCGUGUCUGAAAGCAAGAUAACUGCCAUCUCAGGACUUGAUGGCUGUAAGAAGUUGAAAAAGCUGUUAUUGUAUGAUAACAAGAUUACAAAGAUUGAGAAUAUUUCUCAUCUGGAACAACUGAAUGUGUUAUGGCUGAACAACAAUAAUAUCAUUGCAAUUGAGGGCUUAGAGAAGCUUCUUUAUCUUCUUGAUCUGAACUUAGCAGGAAACAGGAUAACUGAAAUUGGGAAUUCUCUCGAUGGAAACUUAAAUCUUAAAACUUUGAAUAUGUCAGCAAAUUGUAUUGCAUCCUUAAAGGAUCUUACAAACUUGUCACAGCUGCCAUGUUUAGAGUCUCUGAGUUUGAAAGACCCUGUGUAUGGACCCAACCCGGUGGCUUUAAUGUGCAACUACUCAACACACCUCCUCUAUCACCUUCCAAACCUUAAAAGAGUGGACUCCUAUAAUGUGGACGAUAAAACACUGAAGGAACUGGCUGAGACCACAGUGAUUAAGAAGAAGAUGUAUUACAACAUGCGCGUGAAGACACUGCAGAGGAAUAAGGCUGACUUGCUUUUCAGACUGGAGACUGAGAGGGCAGCACUUCAGGCUAACCCCAGGAACAGAAUAUUUAAACUAUUUUCAGCCGUCAAAGAUAUAGAGAGAGAGGUUGAGGAACAAAGAGAAGGAUUGUCUUCAUCUUUCAAAGAGAACAAAAACCCUAUAAGUCCUGUUGUUGGGGAUGAAGGAAAGAAAGAAAACAUGGAAGAAAAAGGAAGCAUGGCAGCUGAUACAAUGAUGAUCUCACAGAAGCUGCAAAAGAAGAAGGAAGCACUUCUCAAAAGAAUUGCCAAAUUACAGAAACAGUGCGAAGAAAUUAAUCAGUGCCAUCAGGAGAGUUGUGAACAAGUCAAUAAUGUGUCCGAGAUGACAGUUCAGCGGCUUUUGUUGGAGUUGGAGACUGGAGGAAAUGUCCGCUUUGAAGACGGCAAACAAACAGAUCCUUGGUACAAAUCCUGCCAUGAUCUGGUUUUUUCAAGGUUCUGUGUUGGAGACUACUCGGGUUUAGGAAUUUCUGGAAUUAAGGUGCACAGGAUCACAAGAAUCCAUAACAGAAUCUUAAGAACGAGAUUUGAUGAUAAACUUGAUCAGAUAUUGCACCGGGAUGACAUUUCGGAACUAACUCAGGGAAGAUCAUACAAAAGGCUUCUAGAAUAUCUGUUCUUUAUGUGGAACCCUGCUCUGCUGGAUGGAAAUGGUGAACCGAUAAGAGUAUUGGAAGAAGGAUUUCGUCCAGCGCAGGUUUAUGAGAGCGUAAAUGAAGAUGGCGGAGUGCCACUGGCUAACAGUGUUAGUGUCUGAGAUAGAUCAAGGGUGGAUUUUCUCAGGAAACGGGCCAGAGAUAGAGGAAGUACUGACCAGUGUCCGUUUAGACAUGGUCAGCUGAUUGUAGCCAAAGUGUUUGUCGGAAAAGUCGUGCCAGCAAAAAAUGAAAACAAAAUCACCAGAACAACAUAUCGCGGAGCAGACUCGGUAUUUCGAGCGCGAAAACACGAGAACUGUCCGGGCAGACCUGAAUCGACAAUAAAGAAACCAGUUAUGGGCACGAUUUGCGAGUGCAUCGCGCGGCAGUGUGCGUGGUUCGUGUUUGAUCACGAGAUGGUAUUACCUGAGUACGUGGUGGAUUUUGAAUACAUUACCAAGGUGAAACCCAAGUCUACGUUUAUUUAUUAUUACGGGGAUUUGGCCACAACAAGUCGUAAACAGAACGGGGAGCCUGGCGAAGAGAAAGAAAACAUUCCUGGUGAGGAUGUUUUAAACAUGGAACCUGUUAUUCCACCAAGACCAAGGUUAAUUGCUCUAACAGAAGAACUGUUGUUUAAAAGGUGUAAUGUGGAGUGUCUGGAACAUAUUGUUAGCUUAAAUCUCCAUGGUAACGGUCUGAGCCGCCUACAGCUCGUGAGCUGUAUGACGGCGCUCAAGAGACUGACAGUCAGCUUUAAUGAACUAACACGAUUGGAUGAUAUUGGUCACAUGAUUUUCUUGGAGUAUCUCGACGUCAGUUUUAACAAAAUCACAACCUUGGAUGGAUUUAAGGGCUGCAAUCGUCUGAAGCAUUUAGAUGUGAGUUGGAACCUUUUGAUGCACACCCGAGAGGAACUGGGCAUUAUGAGAAAACACGUGAUCUCCCUUACUUACCUGGACACGCGCAGUAAUCCCUGGCAAAAGCCCGAAAGUUUAAGAAUGCGAGCUCUUGGGAGACUGAAAAACCUGGAGUACUUGGAUGGAGUUCAAGUCACUGACGACGAGAUGACAACAGCGUUAAAGAUGGCGGCCGCUUCCCGCCCUUCUUCUUUCGCGAUUCUUGCGCAUGCUCGGACAGAUCACAGCAAACCUCGUACACUGAGCCUGGUGCCGACUGCCCAAGCUAUCCUGGCCAGCAGUCAAAACAGACCUGUUACGUUACAAGACGAUGACAGUCAAUGGUUUAUCAAGGUUACAACGGUGAACCUCGACAACCAACAUCUUGGAAAGUUAGCGAACAUGGAGCAACUGGAAAAUUUACGAUGGGCAUCUUUCAACAACAACGAUCUUACUAAGAUUGAGACUCUCCCCAGUCUUCUUAUUCUUGACCUGUGUGGCAAUCCUAUGUCUACCGCUGGUCAGAACUACCGUUUGUUCGUCAUUUAUCACCUGGCGUCACUCAAGGCAUUGGAUGGACUGGCUGUGGAAACUUCAGAGGGAAGUCUGGCCAAAGAUAUGUUUGGAGGAAGGCUAACUCCUGAUUUUAUCGCCGAACGUUUGGGACACUCAAACUUCUCCGAGCUCAGAGAACUUGACUUACCUCACAGCUCACUAAGAACUGUGGAUCUUGGAACUAAAGACGCCUUUGUUAACUUAAGAAGUGUUAAUCUUGAACACAACUCGCUCACUUCAUUUGGCGGCUUGGUGAACCUCGUCAGUCUUAAGGUCCUUUGUCUAAAUCAUAAUCACAUCGAGUGUGUGGUCGCAAAGCCUAAAGCAAUGUCACCAGCAAACGCACCAAAACGAGGCAGUGAUGUCUCUUCGGGAUUGGAGAUUACUAACCCAGAGAACUUCACCCCAGUCCUUCCCAAUCUCGAGGUUCUUCACCUGGGGUACAAUGGUAUUACCAACAUGGCGGCCCUUCACUUGUCACGACUAACUAACUUAAGAGCUCUUUUCUUGCAAGGAAAUGAAAUAACCAAGGUGGAAGGACUCGAAGGACUCCAAGAACUUCGGGAGCUUGUUUUGGAUCGAAAUAAGAUCAAGAAUAUUUCAAGCACGUCAUUUGUGAGUCAAUGGCAUGUAACAGAGUUACAUAUGGAAGAAAACAGGAUAAGAGAACUUUCAAACCUUGAGCCUCUCGAAAAUCUUCAGCGGUUGUACCUGGGAAUGAACCGUAUUCAAGAUGUAGCAGAGUUGGAAAGGUUGGAAUGUUUAAGGCACCUGGUUGAACUUUCGGUGAUAAAUAACGCGGUCACUCGACGUCUUCUGCACCGACCUUUGUUAGUCUACCGCUUGCCCAACCUUUUGUGCAUCGAUGGGAUCCCUGUGUCGAGCGACGAGAAAACUAAAGCUGAACUGUAUUUCAUGGAACAACAGGGUGGAAUGCAAAGCAUGACGUCAGCUUUGGAACCCAGUCUCCCAGGAAUCGUGACAACACGUUCCCAGGCUCCGCUUCGGGUGACCACAGUUCAGUUGAGUAGUGCCACAGAUCGUACCUGGGGAAGUACUGGUUUAAGACAAGACUUUCCCAACGGAACGUUACUGAGAACUGGUGAACAGCAACAGGACAAAGCUCGUCGCCGCGUGGGCAACGCGCGUGGAGGCUCAAACCACUCGCUCCAAACCUUGUCUACCUCUGACUCCACUCACAGCCUGUCAGGUGACAGAUACGGACGCACUUCCGUUAGCCUCAACACACAACAGUCAGGUGGCAUCAGCAGGCAGCCCCAGGCUUCCUCGUCUGUGCCCUACAUUGCACAGGGCUCUUACUCGCCUUACAACGUGAAUGGUGACGUGACCGAUAUAAGCAGGAAUAAGGGCACCCGAUUCAAGUAGAGUAUCUGUUUUUGUGCCGACGAUGGCUGUCAAGAUAGUUAGCCAUGGUCAUAUGGCAAACAAACAGACUUCUGUCCAUUAACACGCUUAUUGUGUAUAGAAGAAUUCGUCAUCAUUUCGCUUCUCUAAGAGACACCGUCCAAAUCACAGUUCAACCAUAGUUCAACUCUACAUCUGAAGAUACUGUUUUUAUUUGGUCUCCAGUUUUCUUCAGUUUCCCUACAGUUUGCUUCUGGAUAGACUUUGUUAGUUAGAUGGAUUGCCAGCAGAAAAAGCGGAUUCAUUUGCGCUUUCAGGCGAUAGGAGGUAAGCGCAAAGAGAGGAGCUCAGAGAAACAAUUAUCAUCAAAAUAAUGUUUUUUUGCAUCCCUCUCCUCGCGCUUGCCUUAGUUAGCCUUAAAAGACGCAAGAAGAUUACACUCGUUCUGCCGGCUAAUAGAUGCAUUGCUGUCGGUGCAAUUUUACUGACUUGCGAUGGAAUUACCUGGGUAAAAUUCUGCAGAAAACCUGGACUACAGAAAUCAUUUUUGUUUUUUUGUGAUUUGCUCUCUAGUGAUGUUUCAUAUUUAUUGUAAAUAUUUCACCGGUGGAUACAAUUUGUAUUGUUGUGGACGUAAACUUAAGGAAAUGUUAGAAAUUACAAUAAAAACAUGGAGAUUGUUAA